CACUUCCUGCAAAUAUGGAAAAAAUAAAGGGUCUCAAUUAAAUAUGUGCAGUUUCACAUGAUUAGUGCAAAUUGUCACAUGACCAGAGCAGUUUAUUUCCUGUUUGCACCUUGAGAAGAUGAUGGCUGCAUCAAAGCUCCAAAACAAAAGGCUAGUAAAGUUGGGAUAGUGACUAUGGAAGAAUGAGCGAAGCGCUGGAGUUGAAGCCCAUUCGAGUUGUCUGUGACAACAACAACGUCUCGAAUGACCAAACGAUUGAGGUGAUUCCAGGGAAUGGUGCUUGCUCAGGCCACAUCAGUUCAGAGAGAAAUGAAGUGUCCCCUCUGCUUUCAACAACACCGGUCGCUGAGAACAAUAGGAAACAGCACCUCCAUGUGGAUGGAGGCGUCGAUACUGACUCUCUAAGUCAACCCAAGUGGCGGAGGGAGCUGUGGAGGAUCAAGAGAGAACUGAAUGAGGUGGUGGUGUGGAAACUCAAGCUAUGGACAUUGAUACUUAUCAUCUUUAUUGCCAUUGUUCUGAUUAUUGGGAUCUCAAUCAUUGUGUGCGCAGUUGGUCAUGACGAUGAGGAUGAAAAAUAUGACAAAUCAUCAUUUGUGGUGGCGCGCUUCUUCAGAGGGAAUUUCACUCUGGACGCUAACAGUUUCACUUCAGAUGCUCAGGACGAAUGGACUAUGAUAGAGCUGAAACAGCAGCUGACAGGAGUCUACAGUUCUUCUCCUGCAUUGGAGCGGUACUUCUCCAAUGUCACCAUAAACAAUCUCAAGGACACCACAGCCCAGUUUAAGCUAGAGUUCAUGAUGCCUUUGGAACAUGAGGAGUUGAUACGCUACACUUUGAGUCUAAAGAUGGUUAAAAAUGUGCUGCUCCAACACUUGUAUGAUCGAGACACUGGAGACCCUUUCUAUAUCAUACCAACAUCACUCCACAUGGAAGCUGGGUAGAUAAGCAAAACAUGAAUGAUAAGAUGGAUGUUGUAAAUUCAACCACUGGUACCUUCAUCAGAAAACAAAACAUUCUAAACAUCAGAUUAUUUCAUUUGACUGCCUUCUGCACACUUUAACAGAUCUCUUAAUAAUAAUGAUGAUAAUAAUAAUAAUGAUUAUCCACCAGUAAUAAUUAAUUCAGUUUUUAUGGGCUCACUACAAAAUAGGUCAGUGUUCAUACAGUAUGUUUAAAAAAAACAAACAAAACUUUUUUUAGAUGUAUAACACUUUCAGAACACUUAAAACACUUAAUGGAAAACUGUAAAACAGUUUUUUUUUUUGCAUUAUUAUUAUUAUUAUUAAUGUAUUUUAGAAUAGAUAGAUGCAUCCUACUGUUUAGGAAUAUUUACAUUUUUCACAAUUUGAGUCUCAAAAGAUUAUCAAAACGCAGAAUAUGGAAGUUCCCAACCUGUUUUGUUGUUAUGAUGUUAACUUCCAUGUUGCUCCAGGAUGAAUUUCUAUAAUAAUACUGUACAUUUUUUGAUCUCUAUUGAUUGAAUAUUGGACAAUUUUUUAAAAUUCUUUGUAUGUGUGAGAUUUUUUAAAUGCUUCUUUUAAAUAAAAUUUGUGCUAUAAGAAAGUGCUAUAAUGAAA